AGGGAGUGCUGUUAACUGCACUACUCCUGCUGCUGCUGCUGCUGCUGCAGCGCGCACAUGACGCGCUGAUGUGAAAGAGAGAAGUCAAAGUGCAGCAGCUGGUCUCUCGGUGGAUGUAGGUUACCGAGGCACAGCUUAUAAAUAUCCGGACAGUGGCUAUUCUUUAACAGUGUGUGGCUCACUCCCUUCGAUUUGCUGCCGGAUCCGGAGAGAUUUGAGCGCUCCUUUCAACUACGUUUUCUUCCAUUUGGCGGUGACGCAAGUUGGCAACAACUUGGCAGGCAAGCAGAAGGAGGGAAAUAUGAAGGCUGAUUUGGAGGCUGCUCUGCCUGCUGGACAGGACGGUUCUGCGAUCCAGUGCCAAGAUGUUUGCCGGUCAUACGGUAAACUGAAGGUCCUCAAGAACCUCAACCUGACUGUACCGCAGGGACACAUUUACGGCCUUUUGGGUCCCAGUGGAUGUGGGAAGACCACGCUUCUGAAAUGCAUCGUGGGAACUCUGAAAAUCUCGCGGGGUCGCAUCACCGUGUUGGGGAAGCCACCAGCAUUCCCUGGUCAUGACGUGCCAGGGAAGAAGGUCGGGUACAUGCCGCAGGAGCUGGCGCUGUACAGCGAGUUCACCAUCGGUGACACCCUGACCUUCUUCGGCCGAAUCCACGGCCUGACAUCAAAGGAAACACAGGCACGCAUGAAUUUCCUCAUAGACUUCUUGGAUCUACCUCAGAAGAGCAGCCUGGUCCGAAAUCUCAGUGGCGGUCAGAGGCGCAGGGUGUCUCUCGGAGCGGCUCUGCUUCAGAAUCCAGAGCUGCUCAUCCUGGACGAGCCGACAGUCGGAGUGGACCCAGUGCUCAGAUCCAAGAUCUGGCAGCAUCUGGUGGAGAUCGUGAAGACGGGGAAAGUCUCGGUCAUCAUCACCACGCACUACAUCGAGGAGGCCCGGCAAGCCAACGUGGUCGGUCUCAUGAGGAACGGUCGUUUGCUGGCUGAAGGACCUCCAGAAGCCGUCAUGAAGCAGCACAGUGCAACAACCCUGGAGCACGCCUUCCUGCAGCUCUGUGAGACAUCAGACCAGGUCGGCUCCAAACGGGGGUCCAGUCCGCAGGGCGGGGUGCUGGAGAACAGCCAAUCGUUUGAGAGCGGGCGGGAUGAGAGUGAGCCAAUUCUCGCAGUCGGACCAGGAGCUGGAGAGGAAAUUCCCAAAUAUACAGUGGACUGGAAGGUGCGAGCCAGACAUGUUCUGCCCAAGUGGAGAAACAUUACUGCACUGAUGAUCAAAACACUGGUGCGGAUGAAGAGAAUGCCGGGCUCGUUGUGUUUCCAGUUCUUGCUGCCCGUCAUCCAGAUCUCUCUGAUCUGUUUAUGUAUCGGAGGAGAUCCAAAGGAGAUCCAGGUCGCUGUGGUGAACAACGAGACCUCCCCCACUGCCUACAGCCAAUCACUGCUCUCCUUUCUGGACAACUCCAGUGUGCAACAGGUGCCCUUGUCCCAUACUGAGGCCUUCAAUGGGAUCUAUAACGGAGAGUACUGGGGCGUCAUUGGCUUCGGCAAAAACUUCACCAGCUACCUGACAAAAAGGAUGAUCCAGCGGCAGGUUUCUAGAGAGAUAGUUGAUGGAGGAUCAGUACACGUCUGGCUGGACCUGACAAAUCGACAAAUUGCCUUUAUGCUGCAGAAGAAACUACACGAGGCCUUUCAGGCUUUUGUGAAUAAUAAAUUGGGCAGUAUGUCGUUCAUGGUGGCACUGCCAAUAAAGUUUGAAGAGCCGAUUUACGGCAGCCUAGACACAGACUUCACCACGUUUGUGACACCUGGAGCUGUGCUCAGUAUCACCUUCUACCUGGCCGUGGGUCUGACCGCUCUCUCCUUUGUUGUGGAGAGGAAGGAGGGGCUUCUGGACCGGUGCUGGGUCGCAGGUGUGAGCUCUAUGGAGACGAUGCUGGCUCAUCUCUUCUCUCAGCUGUUUGUCAUCAGCGUUCAGAUCAUCCUGCUGCUGCUCUUCAUUCUACUCGUCUUUAAGAUGCCUAUUGAAGGCUCCUUGCUUCUGGUUAUAAUUCUGAUCGUGCUGCAGGGCAUCACCGGCAUCUCGUUUGGCCUCGUCAUCUCAUCAGCGAUCGACGACGAGCAGAACGCCAACCAGGCCGCCCUGGGCAUGUUCUACCCCAACCUCAUCCUCAGCGGUAUCAUCUGGCCCGUGGAGUGUAUCCCGUAUCCUCUCCGCUACGUCAGCCUGGCUCUCCCUCAGACCUACGCCUCCGAAGCCCUUCGCUGUAUCAUGUACAGAGGUUGGGGUCUGUCUAGGAUGAUGGUGUGGCGAGGCUUCGCUGUCACCCUGGGCUGGAACACUUUCUUCCUCAUCCUGGCCACGGUCAUCCUAAAGCUGAGGACGUGACAGCCUCCCUCCGGAGAAACCUUUCUUCAGUGAGGGGACAGAGCCGUCAGGUGAAGCCCAGAGACUCACCUGGGCCUCGUGUCUGUGGACGGACUGGGGGCAGCAGAGAGCAGGAGGAGGAGGGAGGGAGUCACUGUGGUUUUAAUGUACUGAUGACGAUGCAUCAGUCUCCCUCCUCCAAAUAAUCCGUCUCACAUACAGAAAACACACACUGGUCAGCUGCCUGAUCCUGCAACAGUUUGUUAUGGUCUGUGCAGGGGAAAUUUUUAAAUGCUGCACGUAGAAGUGCAAAAAACCCAGAAUAUAUAUAUAUAUAUAUAUAUAUAUGCACAAAAUGAGAAUAUUUGUUAUAGUCAAUGUUAAAUGAGGAUAGUGUUUAGUCUCAUAGCUUAUUUCAUUUCUAUGUGCAGCUUGUUGAUAAUUUCACCUCCAGAAUGUUCCAACUCAGGGUCCCUUUUUUAUUUCUGUUUGCCCUCGCUCUUAACGCUAAUAGAGAGAUUUUGUGGUGACUAAAACUGUUGGAACGAUGGCUUUGUCCAUGCAGCAUUCAUUGCCUAACUUAUAUUGCAUUAUAGAAGAAAUUGUAUGUAAAUGUGAGUGUCAGCACAAAGAAAUGUCAACACGAAAAUGUGAAAAAAAUUAUUUUCUCUACUGCUUUUCGAACAGCAGACUUGAGGAUAGCUGUGGGAAUGCAGAAUAUGUUUUGAUCGCUUGAUAUUGUCCAGGAAACUCUCACUGCUUCCCACUGAAAUGUCUCUUUAGUUGCUUUUUAAGCCUGUGUUCAGAUUUACGUGUGUCCUGUCUGGUGUGUGACAGGAAGGGUGACUCGUGUUGUUACCAAGUCCUCAGCUGCAAACCGUCGUUCUCAGUUCAGGUCGGUGGUGUUCUCCUUAACUUGUGUUUUGUGCCUGCAUCUACUGUGGGAGGGGGGAAAAAAGAGUGGGGUUUUUUUUUUCCGGUGAUGGGGAAAGUGUUGGUACCGAAUUAUUUUUGUCUCCACUCUGCUGGACAGGGUGAGAGAUUUUUCUGGUCAGGUGUGUUGUGCUCUUCAUGUGUCCUGUUUUUUUUUUGUUUUUUUUUACAUGAAUGUUUCUUUAUUCAUUGCACCAACAAUAACAGAAUAAAAGCACACAGCAGUAGAGCUGUUUGGCAUUCAACAUGGCAUGGAGAUGUUAUCUGCACUUUCGGAAAAGGGAAUUCCAGAAAUAAGGAAUAACUAUGAAAUCUGGACCGCCAUACAGUUGGUGAUCAAAAAGUUAGAUUUUUCCUCCUUUUUCUAUACAAAUUACAUAUAUAAUUAAGGCUUCACAAUUUGGCGGUAAUUUUCAUGAUUGCAUUUGCGAUAUGAUUCAUGAUAUUGGAAUUAUUAUUGUGCAUUGUUAUUUUCCUAUUCAUUGAAAAAUAUAUUUAAAAUGCCCUAUUAUUCUAUCUUUUUUUUUUUUUUUUUUGCUGUAAUUUCUGCUAAACAAAGAUUUUUUCUUACGUCUGCAGAUUAAAAUUUGUAAACUCUCUGUAGCUCCAUGACACUUAAUUCAGAACAGCAUUGUGACACUUAUUUUGCCUUUAACAAAUAUUGCUCUAUUUGCAAUUUGAUUUUGAAUUUCAAUCCAUAUUUAGAUUUUGGUAAAAUUUGGAUUUUUGUUUUUUAUUGUACAGCCCUACAAAUAAUAAACCAGGAGUACUUUGACUUCAUUUUAGAUAUAUUUUUUAAAAAUACAACUCCACACCAUUAUUUUGUAUUUUAACACAUUAGGCCCAUCUUACAGAUUGUGGGGUAUUUUUCCCAAUUAUAAUUGAGUUUGUAUAGACAUUUACAGUAUAUAUAGAUAUCUAUAUAUAGCAUGAAAUACAUGGUGAAUUACAAAAGGCUAGCCAAGAAAAACAAAUAAUAGAAAAACACAACUGUUAAUAUUAAAUUAUAUCCAGUUACUUUCAUUUCAAGACAUGUUGAUCUCUGUCUCCCACAUUUUGCAUUUUUGUUUUCUUGGCAUGAGUUUGAGAAAAUCAGUACCACACUAAAUAUUAAGCUAGUCAGCAGUCAGUUAGCUUAGCUUAUCAUAAACACUGCAAACAAAUGGAAACAGCUAGCCUGGCUCUGUAAGCAAAGGUAAAAAAUCACAACUUCUUGUCCAGGUGCAGUAGUUUCCUCACUACUUCCCCUUGCUCUAGUCUAUAUGCUAAGCUAAGCUAACUAGCUGCUGGCAAAGAAAGCAAGUAAGUCAAAUGACAUCAUUCAAAAUGAAACCACAGAGUUGAAAAGACAGCAGACUACAGACUCACAUGUGCCAAUCUCGUUUUAACAUUUAUUAAUGUUUACAAUCAUCUGCCUACUAAUAUAUCAGAAUAUUUCUUGAGUAUGAGAUGUAUUUUCCGCACAUUAACCAGCAUGUGUGGUUAUUAGAUGUGUUGUGUCUCUGCUUGCAUCGCAGUGCCGGUAAUGCCCUGUUAUAUUAAUGUACUGAAGAAUUCAUGCGUCCAUUAGCAGGAUAAAUAAUGAAUAUAAAUGACUGUGAAUCCCUCUGAUUGGUUUGUUAAAUUGGAUUACGUUGUGGUCUUAAUGGUAGAGUUAUGUGUGCAGUAAGCUGUGUGUGAAGCUAGAUGUUGAAUCCUCUGAAGGAGAGAGUUUGCCGCGCUGUAAAUCUGCUGUCGCUGUUGUUGCUCUGCUGUACUUUCAUCAGUGUUUCUUUCGCACAUUAAGGGACAUUGUGUUUUUCUUUGGUUAAAUAUACUGUGAGGAUAUAUUAGCUUUGUUUAUAUUUUCACCUCUGCAGAAAUUGUUGAUGACUCCCAUCACACAAUAAUGUACCUUUCUAAAGUUUUAAAUGGUAAAAUUGGCACAUCUUAUGUGAAAGUAUGGACAUUAUUUGGUAAUAUUGUGAGUACACUUUUUUGGGAACAAUUUCCUGAUAAAUGGUUGUUAAAUGUGAUGAUUUUUAAUCUAAAGUGCUCUACAUCCGUUUUCAAGAAAUGAACAAGUACUAUGCUCCAGUUAGAAAAUCUAGACACUUUACAUGAACUGCAGUUAUACUACUAUCGGACUUUUAGCUAUAUUGAAAUGGGAAUUUGACGUCCUGAUGCAGGAAAUUGUUUUAGUUUUAGAGUGUUAAACUCUUAAUAAUGUUUUUGGGCCUUUAGGCUGAAUACAAGUCUAAAAUGCCCAUUAAAGAAAGUGAAUUACCUAUUAACAUUGAAAUACUUAAUAGGUUCUUCUUUAACGUUUUCUUAAUUCAGGUUAAAAGGAUCAUUUUAAGUGUAGACUAUAUUUAGAAUAUUUUCACUGCUUUAACUUGCCAUCAGACAGCCCUUUCUGUUGGGGAACAGAAGCUCUUUUCAAAGCCACCAGACUCCAUUGACAAAAACUGUACAUUGCAUUGCAGAAGAUAGUAGUUGCUGGUUUACUGCUGUCUCAAUCUUUUAGUAAUGUUGUGUUAUUUUGUGACUGUGGUGCGUAAAGGGUAAGUGUGGAUUCACGAAAAGUCACACAAUACAAACAUACAAAACUGAAAAAUUGAGGCAGUGGAAGCCAUCAGUUCUCAUAUUUUAUAAGGUAUAAAAUUGCUGUUUUUGUCAAUAGAGCCUGGUGAGAGGUUUAGAGCUACACAUUUUAUUCCGAUUUUUCAUUUUAUCUGGUUAAUAUUUGGGUACUUCAGUUCAUGCAAACACACGUAAUGUAAUAAAUUCCACUCUGCUGCAAACUGCAGUCGACUACCUCCGCUGUCUCUCCCUAAAGGGCAUGAAAAGCAUUUCCACUCCUGUGUUGUGACAUGUAUGCACUGUGAUAGCAGACACGCUUUGAUGAAGUUCUUUUCAUGUAUUUUGAAAGAAUAAACCUCGUUGAGUAAUCCUC